UUUGCGUAGGGUCGUCGUUUUGCUUCCCGGUCAGCCGGAGAGAGAAGAGCGGCGAAGGUGGUGGACGACAGCGCAGCGCUCACCAUGGCUGGAGCCGUCCAGUGACUCCAGAGCAUCUCGGAUACCUCCGCAGUCAAGUGCUUUUAUAGGAACGUCACUCUCACACUGAGCUCCCAGACUCCGGAUUUGGGUCAGUCGCCAAGAUAGACUUCUGUCUCAAGUCCCUCUCAUUCUCCUGUUUUACUGGAAAAUUCAGAGCCGCUCCUGGCCAGGAAACAGGCCGUUUCCCACCCGGGCUCCCAGGAGGAGAGAGACGCAGCCACAGUUCAGAGCAGUAGAUACCAUGAGGGAGCCUGAGAGAGAGGAGCAGACUGAAGAAAACAUGCCUCCCAAAUUCAAGCGGCACCUCAACGACGAUGAAGUCACGGGCUCCGUGCGCAGUGAGAGGAGGAACCUACUUGAGGAAGACUCCGAUGAAGAGGAGGACUUUUUCCUGAGAGGGCCAACAGGACCCAAAUUUGGACCAAAAAAUGACAAAAUUAGGCAAGUCCAGAACCAAGUGGACGAGGUGAUCGACGUCAUGCAGGAGAACAUCUCCAAAGUCAUCGAGAGGGGCGAGCGUUUGGACGACCUGCAGGACAAGUCGGAGAGCCUGUCUGAUAACGCCUCCGCCUUCAGCAGCCGAGCCAAACAGCUUCACCGCAGGAUGUGGUGGAGAGACACCAAGAUGAAAGCCAUCAUCGCACUGGUGAUCGUCGUUCUCCUGCUCAUCAUCAUCAUUCCUAUCAUCCUUCGGUACCACUAGCUUGUGGCGGAGAGGCCGGGCCGCACGGGAGACUCGACGCACCCCCUCACAUCCUGACAUACCAGCUCCCGUGCUCGCUCCCCCGCCACCUCUAGGGGGCGCUCUCACUCUCCGCAGACGAGCGCCGCGUCUGAUUCUGGGGGCAGGGUUACACUGAGCUGCUCUGAGAGAGUUCGGCUUUUUGUUGCCGCUGCAUUUGCGGCGGUACCGGACAAAACACGCACACACACGCACACACACACACACACACACACACACACGCACACACACACUUGCAUAAGCAGGCUGAAAUGACACUUGCCUGUCACACCGAAGGCCCCCACUGACUGCAGCCGGUUGAGCUGCAGUCGAUGACCCACCCCUUACAGAUCCCACCAUAUCGGCAGACCAUACAGUACCCCUUUCCCCCCCAACAUUGCACAGUCUCCAGGAUCCGUGAGACAUGUAUAGAGAGCUAGUUACCCCACCCGCCCAGCUGUGUGUCGCCCCAUAGGAACCCUGAGUGUCUAAGGUAUUUGCUAAAUGUGUGCAGCGCUAUGUUAGAGUAGCUGUCCCUUCCCCUCCUGCUCAGUGUUUGCUGUUUCUAGUAGUGACGAGCCCCUCAGUGGUUGGAUGUGACACCCUCUGUACCGGGACCAUUUAGGGAUUCGUGGUCAUUCAGGACAUCUGUGAAUCGAAGGUCCAUCGCCCUCCGGGGUGUGGUGACCAUCUUGUUUUACUUUUCUUGUUCUACUACUUAUUUAUCAACCUUACAAUGAUGAGGUUAUGUUGGAUUUUAACACAUUGCUGCUGUUUUCUGGGAAGCAGGGUUGUGUGUGUUUGUUUGUUUGCGUGUGUGUGUGUUCGGGUGAAUAUCACUGUUCGCAGUCACUGCCGUUUCCCUGUGAUAGGGGAGCAUGUUGCAUGUGGCGCUCUCCGCCUCAGGGGGGAGCCAGAGAGGCACGUGCCUCGCUCACCUGGCCACUGGCACUGACCGGAGGUAUCCUGAAGUGAAUGGGUAUAACUGGAAAUGAGUCUAAAAGUUUCUUUUUGUAUGUUAAUUUUUUUUUUCAUUUAAAAUAUGAAUUGCUUAUAAAUGUGUUCAGAAAUGCCAUUUCAUUAUCAAUAUGUGACCUGAUUUAUGUUUCUUUGGAAUAAAGUGGUUUUAAUGGGA